UCCCCUUUUUUUUUUUUUUUUUUUUAACGCUCCAUUCACAAAUCUGCCACCGUCGCCAUCUUCCCUCCCGGAGUUUUCUAUCGGUUUCUUCUUCUAAUUCUUAUACUCCAACCUUCUACCUACUACAUGUAGUUGUAGUCAACGGAGUGUGCUUUGUACGGCGAUAGGCGGAGUUAUGGCAACGGCAUUGGAGUGUUGGUCUAGUAGAGCUAGUACUGAUGAGGAUAUGGUGGAGCAGGUGUUGAUGAGGACUCAGGAUAGAUCGGAAGGUUCUAAGCCCGACAGUUCCUUUGCUGUUGGUGAGAAGGAGUCGUCGGCCAUGCACAGACGGUUGCAGAGGUUUAGUCGGAAUGUUUCCGAGGCGGUUGCCUCGCUUAAAAACUCUUUGAAUCUGGAUUCUAUUCGCGAUCCUUCACCUACCAGAACUGAGGGGUCUAAGAAGGCUGUUUGGGGGACUGUUGUACGGAACCUUACUCAGCUUUAUCCUGGAAGUCAGUUGCCGGAAAAGCUCGUCUCCAACAUUCGUAAGCAUUAUGAUUCGCUGCCUCUCAGUUAUGCGCUGGCGGGUUUUGACAUGAAAGAUGUCUUUCUCCACAUCAAAUUGAUGGAGCAGGCGUCUGUUUAUGAUCAUCCUGCUAUACUAUUUCAAGAAGUGACGAAUCGUGACGUUCAGAAACCUAUAAUAAAGUUCACGUUCGCUUGCAACUCUUCAGUUUCAUGGUCAGCUAUGUCUGGAGCGUUGGAGACCGCUGCCAUUCGUUGCGAGAAGAUACAGAUUUUUGAGAAGAAGAAAUUUACUCUUGGAGUCAUUCUAUUUGUAAAUCUUGAUCUUCAGGAGAAACUCUUCAAAUCGAAGGUUGAAAAUGCUCUAAAGUUGGCUAUUAAGAAGCCAAAAACCACUGCAGUGAAACUCCCAUUUGGCUUUUGUGGAUGUCAAGAAGGUAACACUGGUGGGAAAGAUCUGAGAGAAACUGAGGAGGAUGGUGUUGAACCAAAUUGCAGAAGUGGUUUUGAGAACUCGAAUUUGAGUGAAAAUUUACAGAUCGAAAUGCCCUUAUGUACUUCAUCUUUUGCUGUAACUGUCGAUGAGUGGCAGACAAUCCAAUCUGGUGGAAAUGAGCUGGGUAAAUGGCUGCUGAGCUCUGAGAAUCUUGAAUUCGUUGAUCAGAUGGGACCCAACUCGUUCAAGGGGGUCUAUAAAGGAAGAAGAGUUGCUAUAGAGAAGAUUAAAGGGUGUGAAAAGGGAGUUUCUUACAAGUUUGAACUCCGAAAAGACUUGUUGGAGUUGAUGACAUGUGGGCACAAGAACAUUCUGAUGUUCUAUGGUGUUUGUAUUGAUGAAAAUCAUGGCUUGUGUGUGGUAACCAAACUAAUGGAGGGCGGGUCAGUCCAUGAAUUGAUGCUGAAAAACAAAAAGCUUCAAACCAAAGAAAUAACAAGGAUUGCUAUUGAUAUUGUAGAAGGGAUCAAAUUCAUGAAUGACCACGGUGUUGCUUAUCGAGAUCUUAACACACAAAGAAUAUUGUUAGACAAGAACGGCAACGCUUGUUUGGGUGACAUGGGCAUACUCACGGCAUGCAAAAACUUGGGAGAGGCAAUGGAGUACGAGACAGAUGGGUAUCGUUGGCUUGCUCCUGAGAUUAUUGCGGGUGACCCAGAGAGUGUUAACGAGACAUGGAUGAGUAAUGUAUACAGUUUGGGUAUGGUAAUUUGGGAGAUGGUGACUGGUGAGGCAGCUUAUGGUGCGUAUUCGCCAGUGCAAGCGGCAGUCGGUAUAGCUGCUUGUGGCCUAAGACCCGAUGUUCCAAAGGACUGCUCAUCCACCUUGAAAUCUCUGAUGAUCAGAUGCUGGAACAAUUGCCCAUCAAAGCGCCCUCAGUUCUCUGAAAUUUUAUCAUUACUGCUAGACUCCAACAACAACAAUCAUAGAUAAAGAAACAGCUCGAUCAUUCUUUCAUUGAUUUGUGAUAUUGGUAGGGAGGCAAAUAUAAUCAUCUUCUGUUGACAGUUCAGUUCCGUUUCCAAUCUUCAACAAAUGUUCUGCAAAACGGGUAUCACUUUGAGCUCUCAUAUUUUUAGUUAGUUGGAUUUUCUCCAUUUUGUUCCAAAUGUACGACUUUACCAAACUUUCAUUAAUAGUUUGUUGUCUUAUAGCUCGUGGGACAACAAGUAACAUUUGUCGAAAAUCUCCUCCAAACACAACACUUUUCCACCAAAUGGUUCUGGAUUAUCCAUUAUAUCUCUAAAAGUUCCGUCGA